CCUCCUUCAUAUCUAAAAACUUCUCAGCUCAUUUCUUAGCUUUAUAGCCCACGCCACACCAACCUGAUUUUCUCUUUCGGUGAGGGAGAGAUCUGGGAUUGUCACAAGCUUCCUAGCUAUGGAAUACUCAGAGCCCGGAUCGAGUAGUGAUGCUGCACAAGCAUCAAGAAGUGAGUAUGGAGUGUUCCUGAGUUUCAGAGGGCCCGACACUCGUAAUGGAUUCACAGAUUUCCUCUACCACGGCUUGCUAGAUGCUGGAGUCCGUGUAUUUAGGGAUGAAGAGGAGCGCCGCGUCGGCGAAGUGUUUGAUGAUGGCCUUUUACGUGCUAUCGAUAAAUCCUUACUCUACAUACCCAUCUUCUCUCAAAAUUAUGCUUCCAGUACUUUGUGCCUCCAUGAACUCGCUCACAUAGUAGAGAACGUGUCUAAAUCGGAGGGUAAAAAACGUAUCCUUCCCAUUUUUUACGAUGUGGAACCUCACGAUGUUAGACUUAGAACUUCACUCUAUGGUGAUGCUUUUCGGUACCAUGAAGAGAGGUUUCCCGACCAAGUCGAGGCGUGGAGAAAGGCUCUUAACGCGGUUGGUAACUUGAACGGAUGGAGCUGCAAAUCGCACGGAAGCCAAGCAACUUUAGUCAAAUUAGUUGUUGAUACGGUAUUGCGGGAGCCGGAGACAAAACAAAAAAAAUUGCCUCGACAUUUAGUUGGACUUGAUGAUCGGAUAGAAGACUUGAUGGAGUUAAUUGGAUUCGACCAUCCCGAUGUGCGGCUCAUUGUAAUUUACGGAAUGGGUGGCAUUGGUAAAACAACUAUUGCCAAGGUCGUGUUCAAUCAACUAUCUUUCUCCUAUGGAAAGUGUUGUAGCUUCCUUGAGGACGUUCGAGAAAGCUCAUCAACCAAGGAGCACAUAGUCCAGAUUGCGAAGAAAUUACUAUCCGACAUUGUUGGUUUUGGAUUUGCAGAAAAAGUGGAAAAUAGUGAGCAAGGAGUGAGGAGGAUUGGAGAAACACUCCGCACUAAGAGAGUCCUUGUGGUUCCGGAUGAUGUUGCUGAAAAACAGCACAUUGAGAACCUAAUAGGAGAUUAUUCAUUACAUCCAGGAUCUCGCAUAAUCAUUACAACAAGAGACAAAACUAUUCUACAAUACGAAGGAUUUAAUGGUGUCAUUCUAGGGUAUGAGAUGCCAAAGAUGGAUGAUGCUCUUGCGCUACUGCUUUUACGUUGGCAUGCCUUUGAUAGAGACUUUCCUCCCAAUGAUUAUAAGAAACUUUCAAGUGAAAUUGUCUCAACUACGGGGCAACUUCCUUUGGCUAUUGAAGCGACGGGUUCGGUAAUUCGGGGGAAAGACAAAGCAUAUUGGGAAAAGAAGUUGGUCAGGUUAAUGAAUGUACCCGAGAAAGAGACUCUAAAUAAGUUGCUAAUUAGCUAUGAUGGCCUAGACGAAAAUGAGAAACAAAUUUUUCUUGAUAUAGCAUGCUUCUUUUUCAAUGAGAAGAAGAUUGAUGCAAUUUACAUGUGGGACAGUUGUCGACUUGAUCCGAUAAUAGCAAUUAAAGGCCUUACCGAGAAGUGCUUGAUAAAGGAAUUGGACAAUGGUAAGUUCUGGAUGCAUGAACAAUUAAUAGCACUGGGAAGGCAAAUUGUCCAUCGAGAGAGUCCACGUGACCUCGGAAAGCAGAGUAGGUUGUGGAUUGCGUAAGAGGCCCUCGAAAUCAUAAGAACCAAAGAGAUAAAGCACAAGGUUGAAGCGCUUGAGAUAGAUGGAUUGGAUGACUCCAUAGAGAUUACAAAUGAAGAGUUGGAAAGGUUACCAAAUUUAAGAUUCCUCGAAUUA